UGUGUUGCGUAUUCAUUCUUCCAACCAGUGUAUUCCCUACCACAACUCGUACGGCAAUAGCUUUCUGCCCCAACCAAUACAAACCAUCGACUACAGCGAUCACGAUCAUUGUCACACACACCUACAACGUGAGGAGGGACACACUGCAUAUUUCACGUUGACACCACCAUCAUUGCAAAGGCGUUUUUGCCUUUCGCUCCAAUGGCAUUUUUGAAACACAGCAAACAAGACAACAAUGAUGAUGAUGAUGAGGAGGCGGGCGGUGACUGUAGCGCCUGCGAUGCGAGCUGUGACGACUAUGUUUGUGUUUGGAAUUACAGCGCUGGCAAUGCUGGCGGCGCUGGCAAUGCUGGCGGCACCGGCCGUGACUGCAGCUGGCAGUGGCGGGCGGAUCAAGGUGAACUUCAGCUCACCGACAACGUACGCUGUUGUGGUGGACGGGAAGACGUGGUUCAGCAGCGCCGAUACGUUCGUGCGCGCAGACGGCAAGGUGUACACCACCAAGGACGGAUCGCUGAAGCUGGCGCAGGGCACCACCACGUCCACCGGCACGGACACGCUGGGAUCGUUUACCCGCUACGCGCAGCAGUUCACCGCCAACGGAAAGGUGUUUGAGACAAGCACGCGCAUCUACGCGGCAAGCAACACCAUUGUCUUUGCGCAAACCUUCGUGGACGCCUUCAACAACACCGCCGAGCCCGGUGAGAAGGACCAUGUCCUUGCCUCUUUUCCUUCCUUUGACGUCUCCUCUCCACCCGACGUUGGCCAGGACAUCGGCAUCCUCUCCUUCAAGGGCCGGCAGGGCGGGUACGCCACGACGACGUUCUCGUUUGCCAACCUGUCGAUGAUCGGCCAGGGGUCCAACGACACGGGCCCCGCCGUGUUCUUCACGCGUGAUCUGAGCACCACGCUGGUCAUCUCCGCCUUUAGCAACUUCAUGACCGCGUCCACGUGGCUGGACGGCUCCGUGCUGCGGUAUGGGCUCAUGAGCAGCGUGGAGGCCGUGCCGGCCGGGUACGCUGUCGAGACAGUCGUGCAGCUGUCAUCUGGGGUGAACGCGGCCAUGGAGGAGUGGGGCGAUGCGCUGCUGACGUAUUACGGCAAGGAGCGGUCAGCCCAUCGCCGCGAUUACGUCCUGCAGAAGCUCGGAUACUCCACAGACAACGGCGCAUACUACUUUUACAAGACGGAGCCGAACAAGACAUACGAGGAAACUAUGGUUGACGUGCACGCGUAUGCGCAGGAGAAGAACAUCCCAUACCAAUACGUCUUGUUCGACAGCUGGUGGUACUACAAAGGCCCGGACCAGGGCGUGCAGCGGUGGGACGCGCGCCCCACCAUCUUCCCAAACGGCAUGGCGGGCGUGCACAACAGCACGGGGUGGCCGCAGCAGCUGCACAACCGCUUCUGGAGCGAAUCAACCAUCUACGCCAAGCAGAACGGCGGCAGGUGGGCCUUUGCGGUGGACAACAGCACGCGCCACGCCCUGCCGCUGGAGCAGGGGUUCUGGUACGAGCUGCUGCACAACAAGAGCAAGACGGGCAUGGUGGUGUACGAGCAGGACUGGCUCAACGACGAGUACGACAACGUGGCGGUGCUGACAUCGUCGGCGACAUUGGCGCGGCAGUGGCUGCUGCAGAUGGGGCGGGCGGCGGAGGAGGUUGGCGUCACCAUCCAGUACUGCAUGGCGUAUGUGCGCCACCUCAUGCAGUCGGUCGAGAUCAACGCCGUCACAAACGCCCGCGCCAGCCGCGACUACCAGCCAGGCAACGACCAGUGGGAUCUUGGGCGGACGGCGAUGCUGGCCUACGCGCUAGGCAUUGCGCCCUCCAAGGACAACUUCUGGACCACGCAGCACCAGCCGUACAACCCGUAUGGCCUCACCGAGCCGUACUCGCGGCUGCAGGCCGUCUCCCUCAUCACCAGCACGGGCCCCGUGUGCCCCUCGGACAGGAUCGGCUACUCCAACGUGCCCCUGAUCAUGUCCCUGUGCACGGCAGACGGUACGCUGCUCACCCCAGACCGCCCUGCCACAGAUCUCGAUGCGUACUUCCCACGCAAGGCGUUUGGCGCCGCCGCUGCCGGCAUUGACGGGCACGUCUACUCCACAUACACGCGCCUGUCGCCGGACGUGGUGGUGUCGUACGUGACGGCGGCCACGCUCAACCAAGACUACAGCGUGGCGGUGACGGAGCUCGGGUAUGCCGCCAACACGACGCUGGUCGCCUUUGAGCAGAACACCACCACCACGGCGGUGCUGGUCACGGGGGCGUCUCCGCUGCACACCAAGGCGUGCGGCAAAUCGGACUUCCAGUUCUACACGCUGUCGCCGCUGCUGCCCAAUGGGGUGGCGCUGCUCGGCGAACCGAGCAAGUGGAUCUCCGUGUCCCGCGCCCGUUUCUCGCGUGUGUCGCACGACAGCGCCUCUGUCAGCGUGGAGGCGAGCGGGACGGCCGGCGAGGUGGUGGUGACCAACUUCUACACCGCCAAGACGGCGCGGGUGUUCCCCGUCAAGUGCACGCUGCCUGCGAGCGGCCGCACCCUCGUACGCGCAUUGGCGGACGGCACUGGCACAUGCACUGACGGCGUGUAGGGGGGCGUGCGUGUGCAUGCCGCGUAUGCUAAUGCAUGUGUGGUUUUGUUCUUGUUGUGUGUGUGUGUGUUGUGGUUUUGUUGUGUUAGUGGUGUUGAGGUGUGUUGAGGUGUGUUGUGUUGUGUUGUGCGCGUUGUGUGCAUGUGGUAUGAGAUAUCCCGUGGUGUGAUGUGUUGUGUGGUGUGUUUUGGUGUGAUGUGCGUUUUAUGUGGUGGUGGAGCGUUGAAUCGCACACUGCGUUGAUGGUUGGUGUUGUGCAAUGUUGUGCGCCAGUGGCUUGCGCGAUUGUCAUUUUGCUUCGUUACCACCUGACUUGUCACUAUUGGCACGUACUCGUGUUACAUCUUGUGAGUCAGUGAGUGCAGUGCACCGAAGUGCUUGCUGCUUCCUGUCAGUAAUUGUCGGUGGCAUGCUGUUGUCACAUCACAUCACAUCAUCAUCUCUCCAUGCUUGAGUACACUCAUUUUUCGUG